GGAUCACCAAUGGGGGAAAUCGACGGGGAAGCGAGAAGGCACCGGCGCCGCCAGCGCGGGGUGCCGACUUUUCCCACCAAAAAGGGGGACUUGAACCAGCUCACGCCCCGCGACCGCCACCCCACUCCGACCCCUCGCCCCGCCUCCACCACCUUCGUUGUAUAUUCCUUUUCCCCUGCCUUCCUUCCCCUGCUCUGCUUUCCUGCUGCUGCUGCCAUCUCCUCCCUUUCCAGUUGUUCGCGUGCGCAUUCCAACAACUCCAGCUCGCGGGAUCUUGCUAGCUGCUGCUGCUGUAUUAUUUGGUUUGUUUGAUCCCGUGCUCGCAUGAGCGGAGAUUCGCCGGCGCCGGCGAUCGAGCUGAGCUGAGUUCGUCGUCCGUGGACUGAAGUUGUCAACAUGGGGACUCCGGUCAACAUCAUCGUCGGCUCGCAGGUGUGGCUGGAGGAUCCCGACGAGGCCUGGGUCGACGGCGAGGUCACCGGGAUCAAGGGCGCCGACGUCACCGUCGCCACCACCAAUGGCAAAACGGUUGUGGCCAGCCUCGCAAGCAUAUACCCCAAAGACACGGAAGCGCCCCCAGCAGGAGUGGACGACAUGACGAAGCUCGCCUACCUCCAUGAACCAGGAGUCUUGCAUAACCUUGCCUGCCGGUACAGCCUUAACGAGAUAUACACGUACACCGGGAACAUCUUGAUUGCAGUCAACCCUUUCCAGAGGCUGCCCCAUCUCUACGACGUGCACAUGAUGGAGCAGUACAAAGGCGCCACCUUCGGGGAGCUCAGCCCUCAUCUUUUCGCGAUUGCAGAUUCUUGCUACAGGGCAAUGAUUAAUGAGCAUGGAAGCCAGUCGAUACUGGUGAGCGGUGAGAGUGGCGCUGGUAAGACAGAGACGACGAAGAUGCUCAUGAGGUACCUUGCCUUCAUGGGAGGAAGGUCUGGAACCGAGGGACGAACCGUCGAGCAACAAGUUCUAGAGUCUAACCCAGUACUGGAAGCAUUUGGUAAUGCGAAGACGGUGAAGAACAACAACUCAAGUCGUUUUGGUAAGUUUGUUGAAAUCCAAUUCGACAAAUAUGGGAAGAUAUCUGGUGCGGCCGUUCGCACAUACCUCCUUGAACGGUCACGAGUAUGUCAGGUCUCUGAUCCUGAACGGAACUACCAUUGCUUUUACAUGCUAUGUUCUGCACCACCGGAGGAUGUAAAAAGGUUUAAGGCGGGAGACCCACGAUCAUUUCAUUACCUGAACCAAACAAGCUGCUAUGAAGUAGCUAAUGUGGACGACGCAAGAGAAUACCUAGAAACAAGAAAUGCAAUGGAUAUAGUUGGAAUUUCUCAAGAAGAACAGGAUGCAAUCUUCAGAGUAGUAGCGGCAAUCCUUCAUCUAGGAAACAUUAAUUUCUCCAAAGGGAAAGAAAUUGAUUCGUCACGGUUGAGGGAUGAGAAAUCAAUCAAUCACCUGAAAACAGUGGCAGAACUGCUAAUGUGUGAUGAGAAGUUGCUUGAGGACUCUCUUUGUCAGCGUGUUAUUGUAACACCUGAUGGAAAUAUCACAAAACCCCUCGAUCCAGAUUCUGCUCUACAGAGUCGUGAUGCCUUGGCAAAGACAGUGUAUUCACGACUAUUUGACUGGAUUGUGGAUAAGAUCAACAACUCGAUUGGUCAAGAUCCUGAUGCAAUAAGUAUAAUAGGAGUGCUGGAUAUAUAUGGAUUUGAGAGUUUCAAGGUCAACAGUUUUGAGCAAUUGUGCAUCAACAUGACAAAUGAGAAAUUGCAGCAGCACUUCAAUCAGCAUGUAUUCAAGAUGGAGCAAGAAGAGUAUACAAGGGAUGAAAUAGACUGGAGCUAUGUGGAAUUUGUGGACAAUCAGGAUGUGCUGGACCUGAUUGAGAAGAAACCUGGAGGAAUAAUUGCCCUCCUGGAUGAGGCAUGCAUGUUUCCAAAGUCCACUCACGAGACAUUUGCACAAAAGAUGUAUCAAACAUACAAAUCACAUAAGCGCUUUAGCAAGCCCAAACUUGCCAGGACUGCCUUCACAAUCAACCACUACGCAGGAGAUGUCACAUAUCAAGCCGAUUAUUUUCUUGACAAGAACAAAGAUUAUGUGGUCGCUGAACAUCAAGCUCUACUAAAUUCGUCAAGGUGCUCUUUUGUUGCAAAUCUCUUUCCUCCAUUACCAGAGGAAAGUUCUAAACAGUCCAAAUUCUCUUCCAUCGGCACUCGCUUUAAGCAACAACUACAAGCUCUGAUGGAAACAUUGAGUACAACAGAACCACACUACAUUAGAUGUGUGAAGCCUAAUACUGUACUGAAACCUGGCAUCUUCGAGAACGACAAUGUCUUGAAUCAAUUGAGAUGCGGGGGUGUUUUGGAAGCAAUCCGGAUCAGUUGUGCUGGCUAUCCGACGAAAAGGACAUUUGAUGAGUUCAUUGAUCGGUUCGGAGUGCUUGCACCAGAGCUUGUGGACAGUUCUGACGAGAAGACAGCUUGCGCAGCAAUAUGUGAUAAAAUGGGAUUGAAGGGAUAUCAGAUAGGGAAAACAAAGGUAUUCCUAAGAGCUGGUCAGAUGGCAGAGCUGGAUGCUAGAAGAGCAGAAGUAUUGGCCAAUGCUGUGCGACUUAUCCAGAGGCGUAUAAGAACGCAUCUUAUGCGAAAGGAAUUCGUCAGCUUAAAAAAAGCUUCCAUUCAAACUCAAAAGUUCUGGAGAGCACGACUAGCUAGAAAGCUUUUUGAGCACAUGAGAAGAGUCGCUGCUGCAAUAACAAUACAGAAGCACACCCGUACUCAUUCUGCCUGGAAAGCUUACCUACAAAUAUACAGAUCAUCAAUAACAAUACAGACAGGAUUACGUGCAAUUGCUGCUCGUAAGGAGCACAGGUUCAGAAGAGAGACCAAAGCAACCAUCAUCAUCCAGACUCGAUGGCGCCAACACAAAGCCUAUGUUGCUUACAAACUGCAAAAAAGAGCUUCUCUAAUUCUCCAGUGCUCGUGGAGGGGACGUGUUGCAAGGAAGGAACUUCGGAAGCUCAAAAUGGAAGCAAGAGAUAAUGGUGCACUUAAAGAAGCAAAAGACAAGCUGGAAAAGAGAGUUGAGGAACUCACAUGGAGAUUGGAUGUUGAGAAGCAUUUGAGGGUUGACCUUGAGGUAGCCAAGGGUCAGGAAAUUACGAAGUUACAAUCUGCGUUGCAAGAAAUGCAAGAAAAGCUUGAGGAAGCCCAUGCAGCAAUCAUAAAUGAGAAAGAAUCCGCAAAGUUAGCAAUUGAACAGGCACCACCUAAGAUAGUAGAGGUGCCAGUGGUGGAUAACGCAAAAGUUGAGUUGUUGACAAGUCAAAACGAGGAACUUGAGACUGAGCUCGGUACGUUUAGAACGAAAGCUGAAGAUCUUGAGAAGAAGCUUUUUGAGAUUAAAAAACAGUCUGACGAAUUGUCACGUGAGGCACAAGAACGGGACUGCAAAAUUAAUGAACUCCAAGAGAUGAUUGCUAGGCUUGAGACAAAUUUAUCUAACAUGGAAUCUGAAAACCACGUUCUACGCCAGCAAUCAUUGCUUGCAUCAGCAGAUGAUGAUAAUAAGACAAAACAAAUAGAGAGUCUGGAAAGCAAGAUUGCCAUCUUGGAGUCAGAGAAUCAAGUGCUCCGCAGCAAUCCUGCACCAGCUGUUCAAGCAGUAGUCAAUCCUGAAGUGAUUCAGCCAUCAGUUAUGAAGGUUCUCGAGAAUGGACACCAGCUUGGAGAACCUAAAAUGGUUAGUGAGGAUGUGGUUGUUCCUCCGAUAAAGAAUUUGAGCAAACAACAGUCACUGACGGACCGACAGCAAGAAAAUCAUGAUAUCCUUAUCAAAAGCCUGGCUGAAGACAGGAGAUAUGACAACAAAAGACCAGCUGCAGCAUGUAUUGUCUACAAAUCGCUCCUUCACUGGCACUCAUUUGAAGCAGAAAAGACAAACAUAUUUGACCGUAUCAUCCAUACAAUUAGGUCAUCUGUUGAGAAUGCUGAAAGUUCUGGAGAACUAGCUUAUUGGUUGUCGACAACAUCAACCCUCCUCUAUCUUUUACAAAAUACCCUUAAAGCUAGCAGUUCAUCGACUAAAGUACCAAAUCGCAGCAGGACUGCAACAGGCAACCUAUUCAAUAGAAUGGUGCAGAAUGCUCGAUCAUCAUCAUCAGGAUUAGGUAUUUCAAAUGGAUACAGUGGAAUGGUAGGAAGAGCUGACACUGCAUCAAUGAUAGAGGCUAAGUAUCCAGCUGUACGUUUCAAGCAACAGUUAACAGCAUAUGUUGAGAAGAUAUAUGGCAUGAUGAGAGAUAGCCUGAAAAGGGAAAUAAGUGCAAUAUUGACUCUCUGCAUACAGGCUCCAAGAGCUGGCCGUGUGAGAGCAUCUCGAGGAUCAUUGAAAAGUAUACACUCUAGUGCACUAUCAAGGCAAGCAUCAAGUGUGCAUUGGCAAAACAUUAUUAAGUGCCUGAAUCAUACACUGGAAACGAUGAACAGUAAUUAUGUACCUCCAAUGAUAAUUAGGAAAACAUUCAGCCAAGUAUUUGCAUUUAUGAACGUUCAACUCUUCAACAGUUUGCUACUUCGGCGUGAAUGCUGCUCCUUUAGCAAUGGAGAAUUCUUGAAGGCUGGUUUACAGGAACUGGAGCAGUGGUGCUCUAGGACAACUGAAGAGUAUGCAGGAACAUCUUGGGAUGAACUGCAGCACAUAAGGCAGGCUGUUGGGUUCCUGGUUUUGCAUCAGAAGUCGCACAAAACCUUGGACGAAAUCACUAAUGAGCUUUGCCCCGUUCUGAGCAUCAGUCAAAUAUAUCGCAUCGGAACGAUGUUCUGGGAUGAUAAAUAUGGAGCACAUGGUCUAUCCCAAGAGGUAAUUGGAAACAUGAGAACAAUGUCGACCGAUGACUCGAUAACUACUCCGAACAGUUCUUUCUUGCUAGAUGACGAUUCAAGCAUACCGAUAUCCUUGGAUGAUAUAGCACGACUGAUGCUUGACAUCAACCCGACUGAUGUGGAGCCGCCGGCACUACUGCGGCAGAACUCCCAGUUCCACUUUCUUCUGCAACAGCAUACAGACUGAUUACAUUACGUAUAUAAAGGAAAAUACAGACAGGUACCAGUUUUUGUGAAGUUCCUGGGCAGUGAAGAUUUUUCUUUUUUAAAUAGGAGUGCAUAGUUUGGGGUUUGGUUUGUUUCGGUCUCCAGCUUGCAAUUUUGGGUUGGGUGGAAAGUAUAUUUUGAGAAAGGGAAAUAUAGAAAGUUUGAUAGCAUUUUUUUGAUUGGUAUUGAUAGUGUGAAAGAGGAAACAUUGUAAUUCUUUUGUGAAAGUACAUAUGUUGAUUAUCCCGACUGAGGAAUUCAGUGACAACACUUUCUGAUUGUAAGUUUCUCAUUUUCAACCAAGUUCAUUUGGUAGUCUUC